ACGCAGUGGCCGAUCAAGUCUCCGACGGACAUCGCCAGGCUCGCGCGUCUGGUAGAGGCGGAGCGAGUCGCGCACAGCCACGCGCUCAACGACCGAUCCUCCCGCUCUCACUGCCUGAUUAGAGUGCAGUGCACGCACGUGGAGAGAGGCGGCAGGUCGCAGAAGCGCACGCUGCUGUUUGUCGACCUUGCGGGCUCUGAGCGCAUCGCCAAGAGCUUGGCGGCGGGCCCGCGGCAAAAGGAAGCGGCCAGCAUCAAUCAAUCGCUCACGGCCCUCGGCAGGGUGGUGAAGGAGCUCAACGAGCGGUCUGCGCACGUCUCGUACCGCGACUCGGCGCUGACGAUGCUACUGCGCUCCUCCUUUGACGGGCCGUCGUGCACCGCCGUCGUGGUCAACGUGGCCAGCGAGGAGGCGCACGCAGAGGAGACGAUCUGCUCGCUGCGCUUU